AUGCUCGCUCAACAUCCCCACGACGUCACUCUUCCCACCUUCACCAAGCACGACAUCAAAGUCCAAGCCCCCGAGCGCCGCGAAGCACGCAGCAUUGCCCAAGGCUGGCUGGACAAGUUUUCAUCUCUUCUGUCCAGCAAUGACCCCGCCAAACUUCCAACUCUGUUCCAUGAUGACAGCUGGUGGCGCGACUUCCUCGUGCUGACCUGGGAUCUCCGCACAAUCCGCUCUCUGUCUAAUAUCACAUCUUUCCUCAACACCAACCUUCCCAACACCCACUUUUCUUCGUUUCGUUUAGAAGAAGCCCCGCAUCCUUUUGCUCCUCAUUAUGAGACUCCACUUGAAGGUCUGGAAUGGGUAGUUUCACUUUUCCACUUCGAGACCAAGGUUGGAAGAGGAAAGGGCGUGCUGCGUCUCGCACAGGGAGACGAUGGCAUCUGGAAAGCACAUUUCCUGAGCACAACGCUAUUGGAGCUCAAAGGAUACGAAGAGUUGGCUGGCACGAGGAGAAAACACGGAGGCAACAAUGCAUUGGAUGGGACAUCAGGAGGGAUGAAGGGUGGACUGAACUGGCAGGAGAAACGAGAUAGCGAGAAAGAAUUCCUGGAUGCGGAGCCAGACGUCUUCGUUGUAGGUGCUGGUCAAUCCGGGCUCAAUGUUGCCGCUCGCUUGCAAGCGCUCAACAUGUCCGUUCUUGUCGUCGAUAAGAACGAGCGCGUGGGAGACAACUGGCGACAUCGGUACCGGACUCUUGUCACACAUGACCCGGUUCAAUACACACACAUGGCCUACUUGGACUUUCCCUCUAGCUGGCCGCUCUUCACUCCCAAAGACAAGCUCGCAGACUGGUUCGAGAUCUACGCCUCUGCCCUCGAACUCAACGUCUGGACCUCGACCACCAUCUCUGCCGCCUCCUACUCUGACUCCGACCAGAAAUGGACCGUGACUGUCAAACGAAACGACGGCACGGAGAGAACACUGCACCCCUCGCACGUAGUCUUCUGCACAGGCCACUCCGGCGUCCCUCUCGUACCCUCGUUCCCAGGCCAGGACACGUUCAAAGGGACGGUAUAUCACGCCUCGCAGCACAAAGACGCUUCAAAACAUUCAGAUAAGUUGGCGGGCAAGAAAGUCAUCGUCGUCGGCACAGGCAACUCCGGCCACGACAUCGCCCAAAACUACCACCUCUCCGGCGCCCACUCCGUAACCAUGCUCCAACGCCGCGGCACCUACGUCAUCCAAGCCUCGAAAGGGCUUUUCAUGCUGCACAAAGGCAUGUACGAAGAGGGUGGCCCGCCGCUUGAAGACGCAGAUGUAUUUGGGAACUCUUUGCCUAACGCUGUGCAAUUUGGUUUGUCUCCCCCUCGCUCCCUUCAACAUCAUAUUGAGGGAUACAUACUAACGACGGUGGUGCCAGCGUUGAAUGUUGAUUUGACCAACCGCAUCAAAGAAGUCGAGAAAGAAAAUUUAGAUGGUCUGGCUAAAGCAGGCUUUAAUGUUGACUUCGGGCACGAUGGCAGCGGUAUAUAUCGCAAGUAUAUCACCCGCGGCGGCGGCUACUACAUCGACGUCGGCGCCUCGCAGCUCAUCAUCGACAACAAAAUCAAAGUCGUCCAAUCCCCCAACGGUAUCAAAGGCUUCGAACAAGACGGGCUCGUCCUAGCAGACGGACGGAAGCUAGACGCCGAUAUAGUAGUCCUGGCAACUGGCUACGCUAACAUGCGCACCAGCGUCGAGGCGGCGUUUGGCAAAGCGGAAGCAGAGCGCUGCAAGGAUGUUUGGGAUCUAGAUGAGGAAGGUGAGAUUAAUGCUAUGUGGCGGCCUACGGGGCACCCAGGGCUGUGGUUUCUCGGGGGGAACCUCGCGCUGUGCAGGAUCAUGAGUCGGUAUCUUGCGAUGCAGAUCAAGGCGCGGAGUGUGGGGUUGGGUAAGGCGUAG